CCACUCCCCUCCAACCCCAUGAAGUCAACAACCGGGGAUAAGAGUUUCAGCGCAUUGCUCCUUUUUUAUAUAAUAUUAUCUUCGGGACUACAGGGAGUGACACUAACGAGGCAACCGUUCUAAAGGACUUCAAAACACAUGCGGACCAGGCAUGCAGGGCAGCAGAUGAAUUUGUCAACAUUUAUUAUGACACCAUGAACAAAAGGAGAAGAGUACUGACCAGAUUGUACCUGGAUACAGCGACCUUAGUAUGGAACGGUAACGCAAUAUCGGGCCAUCAAGCACUUGCUGAAUUUUUUGAAAUGUUGCCUUCUAGUGAUUUCCAAGUAAACAUGUUGGAUUGUCAGCCAGUUCAUGAGCAAGCUACUCAAGGACAGACCACUGUGCUCGUGGUCACCUGUGGAACAGUGAAAUUUGAAGGAAAUAAACAGCGAUACUUCAAUCAGAAUUUCUUACUCACAGCACAAGUAACCCCACAAAAUACAGUGUGGAAAAUUGCAAGUGAUUGCUUCCGCUUUCAGGACUGGGCCAGUUAACUCACAGCUUUAAUCAGAAGAGUAAUUGAAUUGCCACUGCAAAGGUGAAGGAAUGAACAGUGUAGGAACUGUGUGAAACAUUGUGACCGGAGUAACAGAAAGAAGGGAAAAGAAAACUUGGAUCAUCCUCUUGUAGAGAAACAUGUAGCCAGCACACCUAAUACUGAUAUUCGGUGUUAGUUUUAUAGAUGGUACUUGGCAAAGGCACACCCUGAGCUCUAUAGGCCAUGGUUUCAAUCUGAAAUCUGGCACUCAUUACUGUUUUUACUUUGUAUACCGUGCUGUUUGAAACGGACUUCAGUAAACAAUAUAAUCGGACCAUG